AUUUUUAAAAUCAUCAUAAGAGUUUGUGUUUCCUUCUUUGAAUUUUGUUUGUUUCAAAAAGAAAGAAAUUGACAAGAGGGCCGGAGACAUAUCACAUAAUGUAGAGAAAGUUCCCCACAUGGCCACAUUGUUAAACCAUCAUCUGAAAAGUUGCUUUCACUAUAUUUUAUAUUAUACAUUUAUAUGCGUAUAUAGGAAUAAUCAUAACUGGUGGUCCAUUUAAAAGAAACACGACCCAUAUCAGUUUCAGACAAUAAUGAUAAUUACAAACCACCAAAAGCUUAGACCUUCCAAAGGCUAUAAUAAUACACAUUACACUUAGUAUGUGUUUGUAUUUUUACUGACAUUUCACAUACAUAUACAGAGUCGAGAGAGCCCAUUCAUUUCAUAUGUUGUUGUCACCGCCUAAAUAUAAAUGUUACUCACUGAAUCAUGUCUUCUUUACCUCUCUUUGUAUAUAGUAGUACUAGUACUCCUUUUAUUUCCGAAAAUAAUUUUUAGAUACUUUUUCUUGUUAAAGAUUAAUAUUUAUAAGAUUUUAAAAAUACUUCUGUCAAUUUUUUUAAAUUCCUUUAUUUAAUGAAUUGUUCACUUUUAAAAAAUUUGUUAGAAAUAUUAAAACUGAUUAAAUUAUAAAUAAUUAUUGGAAACUGUGUAGUAAAAUAAAUAAUUUAAUUAAUUUAAGUAUUUUAUAAUAUUUUUAAUAUAUAUGAAAACUUUAAAAAUCUUUUUUUUCAAAGAAGAAAGGAGUAAUAUAUAUAUAUAUUCAUAUUAGUUGUUGUGACAGACCAGAUGUCUUCAUGUGUCAAACGUUCUACUAAAGCCAAAUGUAUGUAAAUAGAUAUCUAAUUAUUCUUAACUUUUUAACAUUGAAUAUAUUAUUAUAUAUUCUCCAUUACAAAUAACGAUAAACUAGCACAUAUGUUGAACAACUUCACGAACAAUUUUACAAUAGAGCUCUCCAUGUAACACCCGGAUCAAUGGACGAAGGUUUUGCAUAUACAACAUCUUCGAUAGACAUGCUCUCUUCACAAUACACAAUCGAACGAAUUUUUCUGUAGCACUCUAAAAUCUCCGAUAAGCUUGCAUCUUAUAAUUUGCAAAAAAAAUUACAUCUUCUAAAAAUCAAACUCUACACUUGGUGCAUGAGUCUUUAAAUCUUGACCACUAACUAAGUCAUAAUGCUUAGAUAACUUUUAUUCUUCACUUAGUAUGAUAUUAUAUACUUUGGCCUAAGCACUCACCGAUUCAUUUUUGGAUCGGUUACUUUCCAAAGAACUCAUAUUAAAUGAAAUUGUACCAUGAUAUAUAUUAGACUUUUAUUUGGUCUUAGUUAUUAUCCGAUGUUGAAUUUAAAUUAUUUACUUACUCUAACAAUCCUUUCUUCAAUUCAAAAACCAUGGAACCUUGGUUUCUGAUAAUAAUUUGUUGUGACGGAUUUGAUGAUGCCCUCUUGAACAAGACAAUCUACUUGAACCAGAUGUUCAUCACCAUCUGUCUAACUUCUCGUUUAAUAUGAUAAUAUCUGUUUUGAACAUAAAUUCCACAAUUUAUUUUUUGGUCGCUUGCUUCCUAAAAUGCAUCAUACUGAGUAGAACUAAAUUAGAUAUAUAAAAUAUUUAUACAUAUUAAAUUUAUUCGGUAUAAUAUCUAAUAUGAAACUUGAAUUACUUAUUUACUAUUAUUUUUAUUUUAUCCAACCUUCCAUGCGUUCUAAAAUUAACGACUAUACAAAUUUCAAGCAACGACGCAUGGAAUAUAAAACGUUAGCGCGUAAUAUCCGACUAUUUUUAAUUGGUCAAAACACAUAGAGGGAUCAAUUAAACACAAAGUAUUUUUCAUUUACUAGUAAAUCAUUUCCUCUUUGUAAUGUGUAAUGAAUGAAGAUCAUACCGUGAGAUUAUAUAAAAAUAAUAAUGAUAUGUUUGGUGACUUCGAUAAAGUGAUGGAGAGUUAAAGUAAAUUGCUUAACACUGAUCAAAGAGAGCAGUGAGGUCUUCUGUUGUUUUAACUCCACUUGCAUUUGUUAUAAAGCUUUUAGUUUUGGGUUUCCUCUCAUUCUUUUUUUCUGUUUUCCUCAACAUAAAAUAAAAUAUCUUUCACCAUGUAUUACUUUGAAGUUCGGUCCUUCUACAUAUAGCUGAACAUUGUAAAGUCACAUACAACGAAAAGGACAAGAUAUAUAUGCUUGUCUCUCAAAAUUUAGACUAUUUUUCUCAUCUUAUAUAUUUUAUGACUACAAUAAAACCUUUUUUCACCAUUCGUAUAGCUAUUUGACCAAUAACUACAGUCUACAUAUAACUAUAUUUCUUUUGUAGCGUCUCGCUCGAGGCAAUCACCAUGUUGUUAUGGCAUAACUGUUUAUGGUUACAAUUUAUAAAAACCAUAGCCACAAAAAUUUGUACUUAGUUUAUGGUUAUAUACAGUUUUUGUAUGUUAUCUUUAUCUCAUCUCGCAAGACAAUUGACCAUUUUUUGAGAAAAAAUAAUAAAAGGGGAAUUUCAUAUAUCUGUAUAAGAGUGGAGGAGUUGAAUCCAAGAAAUGGAUGUGAAGGUAAGAAAGUGAGAAAUAUGGUCCCCUCAACAAAAGCCAUAAAAUCUCUGAGCAUAUGACUGACUUUAAUGGUAGAGCAAAGAGGUUUGGGAUUGCAUGAUUCAAUGAAGAGUUGCUGUUAGGGUUUGGGAGAUCUGUGAGCUUUCAAGUGCAUGUUUUUAUGUGGGGUUCAAAUACCAUUCAUGGGACCCAAUUAAAUGUUUUCAGAUAUUUUUUUUUCUUUAUGGUUAGCCAUCUAAUUUAUUAAUUUAGUAUCCUAUUUUUUUAUCUAUCAUACAAAAAUCUAUGUUAGACUAUUUAUUAAAAACCUAACUAAACAUCCUAAAUUUACUCAUAUAUGAUAUUUUUCUAACAAAUUAUUCAUAUAUGAUAUAUUCUUAACAAAAAUAAUAUACAUCUAAACAAUAACAUUUCUAAGAUAAGACAUAUAUAUUUCCAUUAGGCAAUUAUCGUUUGAUUGUUUAUCAUGUUUAAUCUAGACCAUGUCAAAUCUAUUAAUUUAGGGUCCUAUUUUUUUUAUCUAUCAUACAAAAGUCUAUGUUUGACCAUCCAUUAGAAACUUAACUAAACAUCCAAAAUUUGCUAAUAUAUGAUAUUUUCCUAAAAUUUACUUAUAUAUAAUAUUUUCCUAACAAAAACAAUAUACAUCGAAACAAUAACAUUUCUAAGACAAAACAGUCCAUUAGGCAAUUAUCGUUCAAUUGUUUAUCAUGUUUAAUCUAGACCAUAUUAUAUAUAUAUCAGUAAUUAAUUUUGAAAUAAAAUGGUAUAACCCAAUUCUUUUUAAAUUAUCAUGCUAAAUGCAACUAAUAAACGGUCUAAUCCUAAAUUUUAUCAUUUAUUAAAUUUAUGUCAAAUCAAACAACCAUAAAACAUUAAUUCAGUAUGAUAAAUGUUUGUACAAACGAAAAAUACGAUAAAUUUAGUAUAUAAAAUAAUCUAUCUUAUUAAAACAGAAGUACAAAUAAAAAAUAAUUCUAAGAUUUACCACUUAUUUAUAAAUUUAUGCCACUGAAAUAAUUAAGAAGCCUAACAUUAAAUAUUCUUGUCUUUUCCUAUUUUAUUAAAUCAUUUCCUAAAUCGAUUAUUAAUUAAAACUACUACUUAAUUACAAUUAAAUGCAACUAAGAAACUGUAUAAUCCUAUCGUUUAUCAUUUAUUUAUUUUUGUCAAAUUAAACAACCAUAAAACAUAAAUUCAAUAUGAUAAAUGUUUGCGCAAACAAAAAUUUAACAUGAUAAAUUUAGUACAUAUAAUAAUUUUAUUAUACUUAUCAUCAAUUUUUGAUUCAUAAAAGAAAAUGUGAGGAUGCACGACUACACGGAUUAUAUUUUAAAAAUAUGGGUGAUGUAAUUGACAGUUUAUAAUACAAAAAAAGUUAAGCAAUUUAACUAUAAUGUUAUUUUGUUUAAAAAUGUCAUAUUAAAAAAUUAUUUAAUGCAUGUACAUUUUAGAAAUAAAUAUUAUCAUUUAUACAAUAUAAAUAUUUAUUUAUAAAAAAAUAAAAAUAAACAUCCGCGGAUCAAGCUCUAGUGUAUAUGAUGAAAAUGAAACUAGCUAUCUAAUUAAUAUAUGCUCUGAAUUCUUGUUUGAGUUAUGCAAAUGUAAAUGUAGAAUAAUGUUGUAAACUGAAAUUAAGAAAGAUAAUCAUAAAGGGAAGAUUUAGCUUAAUAUAGAGAAGACGUUGUACAAAUCUUGCCGGAUGAUCAAGUUGAUAAGUAUCAAUAGAUUACACUGAUCAUAUGAUGUGAUCUAUACAAACAAUGUUCGAUCUUUUUGUUUAAUUAUCUAGUGACGUGCUCAACGAGUUGAUUAUUAGCAUCUCUCUCUCUCUCUCUCUCUCUCUCUCUCUCUCUCUCUCUCUCUCUCUCUCUCUCUCUCUCUCUCUCUCUCUCUCUUUUGCAUAAGUGAGAUAAAACAUGAGAGUAAGAAGCUGGUCCUUGAGAGAGAAGAGCUCACUUUCAUUAGGUCUCUCUCUUUCUCUCCCUUAGUCUAUUAGUAGUAAAAUCCAUGUACUUAUACGUAGACAUAAUUACCAAAACACUAGGUCCAUGGUAUAAAAGAGUGCAUGUACACCUAACUAAUUAAUGCUUUCUUACCUGCAAACUCUCCCUCUUUUUAGUUCAUCCCGUUAUUCACCAUAACCCCAUUUUCAUCUGCUAACGAUCGAUUUGAUAAGCUUUUUGUCUUUGUUUCAACAUUUGCAUGAAUGACUAAGAAAUUAUAACUAACAAAAAAGGAGAUAACUCUGAAAAAAGAACUGAUUGGAGUUUGAAGAGAAGGAUAUAUAUAAGCAUAUGUGUGUCGGCAGGGAAGUAAGACGCGUAUAUAACCAUCAUAUUUUGUUUGGAUCACAUACAAGUAUAUAUAACUAAUCAUAAUAAGAUACUAUUUUAAAAAUUUAUAUUACAUGUAAAAAUAUAUAUAUAUUACAUAAACUACCCAAUUACACAUGAUAUAUUUCAUUCUUGAAUAAUAAUAUAUGCAUUUCCCUACAUUAAUGUCUACUGUCUAGUACUCGACCAGAAGCUUACUUUUUUAACCUUAACUUCAAGUUUAACGUACAUUAGAUCUUGAUCCGCACAACCGUGUAGAUUUUUAUUUUUAUACUUAAAUAUUUUAGUUUAUACUUCCUCUUGAUACAAAUAUAUGAUGUUUAAAGUCAUUAACAUAUAUUAAGAGAAAUUAAAUAUUUUUUUACUACUUUUUGGUUUUUAUUUUUGUUAGUUAAAGUUUUAUUUGACUUCCAAUAAAAUUCAACCACUUACAUUUUUACAUUUUGAUUAAUAUUUUAUUUUUAAAGAAAAUUUCAUUAGUUAAAAGUAGAACGUCAUACAUUUGUAUACAAAAAAAAAGCUAAAACAUCAUAUAUUUAUAUACGGAUGAAGUAUAACAAAUUUACAAAUAACUUAAUGUAAUCAUGUGUUUUAUAUUAUGUAAUUUUAUAAUAGCUAUGUUUAUGUGGCUUAUAUAUUAUUAUUAUAAAUUUUGUAUUUUUGUACAAACAAUUAUUUUGAAUACAUUAUUAUGUAACAAUACUACAUUACAUAUUUUUAUUUAAAAUUUAAAAUUUAUGAAAUCACGCAUAAAAAGUUCAAUCAAUGCAGUGUAUAUAUAUACAUAUAUUAUAUAAAGCGAUUUAUUAUGAAAACAAUAUAUGGUUGAAUCUAUAGUAUUGUACUUUAAAAUAUAAUAUAUUUAUCAAUACAUGUUUUUUAACACAGUACCUAUAUAAAUAUUGAUAUAUGUAUAAUAUAAUAUAAUAAAUAAUAAUAACAUUUAUCAUGCAAAUACAAUAGUGUUAGGAUUUUUAAUAUUUGAUUCGAUUUAUUAUUUGCAAGGUAAAAUUUUAACAUUAUUGUAUUUGCAUAAUAAAUUAUAUUAUUAAUAUUAAUUAGAUCAUAUAAAAGUAUAAACUCUAGAAUAAUUAAUUUUUAUUAUUAUUAUUAAGUAGAUUAUAAAUGGUUAUAUGCAAAUAUAAUUAUAUAUUGAUGGAAUAUUAUAUUUUCAAAAUUAUGCAUAUCUAAUAAUAUUUUGAUGGAAUAAAAAGAGAAUUAAAUAGGUUGUUAGGAUUUUAUAUGAAAAAAAAUAAAAUAUAAGCAACUUUCUUGAAAUGGUCUAUUUAAAAUAUCACAUAUAAAAUGGAAGUCAUGAUUUCCAUUUUAAUAGUAUAGAUGCAUGUAUGAACAAAAAAACUCUUAUGUACAUCUGCAAUCACAUAUUUUACAAGUAGAACAAAAUCUCCAAGACACACAUUUGUGCAGCAUAUGUUUACUUUCCAUGGAAAUAUCAUAGUCGAUAAAAUUACAUUUUAUAAAAUUGUUGGUGUCGGUGACUGAUUUUUUUUGGUUAAUUUUUUGUUUGAUUGAAAUGUACCUAAUAUAACUUAAGAACACGAAGAGAUAGGCCAGAUGAUUUAUCAAAAUAUUUCAUAUAUUUUAGAAUUUAUUGGGUUUAGGUUUACAAAUUAUAAAAAGAAAUCUCAUACGAGUGACAAGACGUAUUUAUCUAUAAAUUAUAUUCUUCCAGAUUCAAAUUAAUACAUAAAAAUCUAGAAUACAACACAGUGACGAGUUAUGUUUAAGUUAAUCGAGCUAAAUGAAUGUUGGAACCUCUUUAUAUUAAUGCGAAACCUCAUCUCUAGUCUUUCUAUCUCUAAAACAGUCAACAACCUCAUUUGUCUUCAACUCACUUUCAUUCAUUCCUCUCUAUCUCUCCCCCUCCCAUGGAAGAAACCAAUGGACGAAGAGAAACUCACGACUUCAUGAACGUCAAUGUUGAAUCCUUUUCUCAGCUUCCGUUCAUCCGCCGUACUCCUCCUAAAGAUCAUAAAGGCUCCAAGAUUCGUCUCUUCGGCCAAGAGCUCCUCAAAGAUAACCCUCAACACGAAGACUUCUCUCCAGAUUCUUGUGAAACUAUAACAACCAGGAUCAAAGAUGAGGGCAGCUCUGAGAAUGUCAAGGAAAAGGAAAAAGACAAAAGCAAAAACAGGAGAUUCGAGUGUCACUACUGUUUCAGAAAAUUCCCAACUUCUCAAGCCCUAGGUGGACACCAAAACGCUCACAAACGCGAACGCCAACACGCCAAACGCGGUUCCAUGACCUCAUACCUUAAUCAGCAUCCUGAGCCUCACUACGUCUACGGCUUCCUCAACAACCAUCACUAUCCCUCGUGGACGACAGAAGCUAGAUUCUACGGUGGUGGAGGAGGAGUACAACAGACGCCGUCGUAUUACUCAGGCACUCUUCUUCCUCCUCCUUCUUCUUCUAUCCCACCGACGAUCAACGGAAGCCCUUUAGGUUUCUGGCGUGUACCGCCUUCCACGUCAACAAACGCUAUUCAUGGAGUUUACUCAGCUUCACCAGCUUUAGCGUUUAGGGCCCAUGACCAAGAGAGUAGGGAGCCGACUUGGCCCUACAAAUUGAUGAAACCCAAUGUGAAAGAUCAUGUGAGUCUCGAUCUUCAUCUUUGACACUUCUUUUUGUGUUGGUAUAUCAUUUAAACCUAGCCCUGAUGAAGCAACCAAUUCUUCAUGCUGUGUGAAGACUGAAGAGAACCGGCAGGAUGUGUGGAUCUUGAACUUUUGAGGUUUUAUUUAUUUAUUCUGAGUUCGUGUUAAUAAGGGAAUAAUAUAUGAUUAAAUUUGUAAAAUAUGUUUUUCCAUUUUCCUAUCUCAUGUGUAUGAAUGUUAAUAUAUUAAAAAAUUAUAUAUAUAUAUAUAUGUUCAUUUUGA